AUGUAUGUAAAACCAUCAAUUCUUGAUAAGUCGAAAAUUAGGCACUUCGAUUCAGAGUGCAUGACGCUAUUGGCAUUAUUGUGCACCUGUACAGUUAUCAGUGGUCAAUACAGUAAAUACGGAAUCCCGCUGAAUCAUACGUUCUUAUUGAAUAAUGAAUCGCCGCCGUUCGAAGAUAAUAAUGAAGUUAAGAGAGACCAAAUUGUGGAGAGAUGGCCAAUUAAGGAGGAUAGAAGAUGCGCCAAUGAUGCAUUAAUAAUUACCGAACUAUUACGCGAUUAUAAUAAACAUAAAAUACCUGGUGGCAAUAAUGUACAAGUUUCCGUCGAGAUUUGGGUUCAAGAGGUUUCAAAAAUAAUCGAAAUAACAAGUGAAUUUGAGCUAGAUAUUUAUGUAACAGAGAAAUGGAUUGAUCCAUCGCUAGCGUUUAAUCACAUGAAUCCUUGCAAAAAGAAUAUAUCGGUAGAUGGCGGUAAAAUAUUGCCUCAGAUAUGGAGUCCUCAUGCAUGUUUUGUUAAUAGUAAAGAUGCUUCAAUUCAUCGUAGUCCAUUCAGUAAUAUUUUCUUACAGAUUUAUAGCGAUGGUUAUGUGUGGCAUAAUUACAGGAUUAAAUUAACAGGUCCUUGUUUUAAUGCAUUAAGAACUUUUCCAGUUGAUAAACAACGUUGCAUGUUAUUUUACGAAUCAUUCAAUCAUAAUUAUGAUCAGGUAGCAAUGGAAUGGACAGAAACAGCUCCACCGAUAACAAUUCUGAAGAAAAAUAUAACACUACCUGAUUACGUACUCAUUGAAUAUACGGCAUCAAGUGUCAGACGACUAUAUCCACCAGGAAUGUGGAAUGAAUUAGUUGCUACUUUCACAUUUCAACGUCUUUAUGGUUUCUAUAUAUUACAGGUUUAUGUGCCUGCAUACAUAUCUGUAUUCAUAUCAUGGAUUUCGUUUUGUGUCGGGCCUAAUCUCCCAUCAAGAACAAUACUUGGUGUAAAUUCACUUCUUGCCUUAACGUUCCAAUUCGGAUCUGUUGUAAGCAAUUUACCUAAAACAAGUGACGUCAAAGCAAUUGAUGUCUGGAUUUUAAGUUCAAUGGCUUUCAUAUUUGCGUCAUUGAUAGAGCUUGCUGCAGUGGGAUAUAUGCGGCGGAGUGGAUCAGCUGUUGCAAUUAGAUGUAACUGUUCGAUAUUUUGCUUAGAAUGUCCGAUGUGGACAGCAAAUAAAUUAGAUAGGAUAUCAUUGGUAAUAUUUCCAGCUUUCUUUAUCGUGUUUAAUAUAUGGUAUUGGUUUUUCUUCCUUGGGUAA